AUGCGCAUGCACAAACGUUCAGUUCGGGGACGUAAGGCUCGAAAGCAAGAAGACACAUACCUCGAACGCCUUUCUAAAAUCCGGAGGAAUAUACUCUUAGUACUGCAUUACGGUAAAGUGGUACCUUUCACGUGGCAUACGAAAGGUUUCAAGUGCUUCUACUGCUUAAAACCUAUGAAGGAUUGCGAGGUGCUCAAGGAACAUACAUUGAAACACUCCAUAGACUUAGAUGCUUUUAUACCAAAAAGAAUAAUUUCUAAAGAUGUUCCCAUUAAAAUAGACAUCUCGGGACUAGGUUGCAAAAUUUGCCCGGACGCUCAACUCAAAGAUUUAGAGGAUCUAAUUUCUCAUAUAAUUUUCACCCAUAAUGAAGAAUAUGAUACAAAUCUUGGUGUAUGCGUGUUCCCUUUUGUUCUGAACAAGGAUUUAAUGCAAUGCGUUUUAUGCCAAAAUCAGUACGACAAUUUCACAUCAAUGAUCUUGCACAUGCACAGAGACCAUGUCAGUCAUUCUUGCGUUUGCCAAAUUUGUGGUUUGAGCUUUAUGAGUCGGAUUCGUCUCAAAAGACAUAUUAGUAACAGUCAUAUCGGCUACAGAUGCUCUGACUGCGGUAAGAUGUUCACCGCUUUUCAUCGCUUAGAGAAACACAAACAACAAAUACAUGGAUACACAAAAUCACAUGAAUGUAACUUAUGCAGUGCCAAGUUUGACAAUUCAUAUCAGGUAAAGGUGCAUUUAGGAAAAAUGCACAAUGUGGAAAAAUACAGGAUUAAGUGUGAUCACUGCACGAAGAUUUGCACGACGAAAGGUGCAAUGUUACUGCAUGUACAAGCGCAGCAUUCUGACUUGAAGUAUGAAUGUGACAUAUGUGAUUACAAAGCUGGAAUUAAAUGGCUCAUUACUUUGCAUAAAAGGAAACACUAUGGAGUUAGGGAUUAUUCAUGCAGCAUAUGAGAACCUAGAGGUGGCCAGAAAACGAAGGAACCCCGAACGAAUUUAUCCACGGAAGAUGAUUUUAUCGAUCGCGUCCAGUCUACUAGCAAAACGGUUUUGACACCAAAAGAAAAACGUGCCAUUAUGAGAAAUAAUGUGGUACAAGUCCUCGUUAAAUCUACUGUGAUGCCCUUUCGGUGGUUGAAAAGUUCUUACAGGUGCUUUUACUGUUACGAUAUCUUCCAAGACGCGUCCGAGCUGAAGAACCAUCAAGCAGCACACAAGGGCGAGCAGAUAAAGAUACAAGCCAUGAGCAACUACUGGGAGCCUGUCGUUUACGUAGAUAUAUCUAAUUUGUCAUGCAAAUUAUGCCCGGAAAAGAUUACGGACCUGUAUGAUCUUAUUGACCACUUGGUCGCAAAACAUGAGGUGGUUUAUAACAAAGAUGUUGGUAUAUGUAUGGUGGCAUUUAAGUUAGAUAAUUUUUCAGUCAGUUGUCUCGCUUGUGGAGCAAGUUUUUACACAUUUGGUCCUUUACUACACCACACUAAUAAAGAUCACAAAGGAACUUCAGCGAUCCUAUGCGAAGUUUGCGGUCAACAUUUCAAAGACGCCACAUUAUUGCGUCUUCAUGUAAAAACUGUCCACGAAAACACUGGUUUGUUAUGUCCUGAGUGUGGAGAAAAGUUUGAAACAAGGUCCAAACUAAAAACGCAUCAGAAGAAUCAGCACGAUUUGGAUAAAAAGUACAAGUGUUUGGUCUGUUCUCAGACCUUUCAGAGCCACUACAAGAGAUCUAGACAUAUGGCAGCUGAACAUAAGAACCGUCAAGAAAUUAAAUGCUUACAUUGUCCGAAGACUUUUGUCUUCCGAAGCAUGAUGAUGACUCAUUUAAGGGAUACUCAUUUAAAAGUUCGAAACCAUAUUUGUGGAGUGUGUGGUUGGAAAGCUUUUAAUAGCAAUAGAUUAAAAAAUCAUAUGUAUAAACACAGCGGGGAGAAGAAUUUUAAGUGUGAGGCUUGUGAUAAGGCGUUUACUACAAAAAAAAUUAUGAGAGCACAUUUUGCCAGGAUGCAUAAGAGUCCUCAACCGCCUGUAAUGCAGUACGAGAAUCCCUACGUGGGACAAUAG